GGCCAUGCUGGCGAAAUAAAAAGAUUGAAAUCUAUUCCGUUUUUGCGUUAAAAAAUGAUAGGCACCUAGGUCCUAAACAAUAGACACCUAGUUCUUACUGUUCAUAGUUGCAACGAACUACGAAGUAGUAAAUCGCCAUUCCGAAUUUUUCUACAUUCUAUUUACUAUAUUAACAUUCAAGUUAUAUUACUGCGAACGAAUAAUUUUUGGCUUAAAAAUUGUUUUUGAUCAAAAGAAAUAUGGCACCAUCAGCUGCGGUGAACAAAAGAGAUGAUGACAUUCCGUCGACGUCUGAAAAUUUUGAUUUAGAGAAGACGGCCGAAGAAGCAAAAUCUUUAAUUGAGAAAGUCAUCAAAGAUGUUGGCAAAAAAUCCGCAACUAGACAGUUGCUAUUUGGUUCGGCGUCUGGAUGGGCAACUGGUUUUAUCAUGAUGAAAUUGGGAAAAGCCGCUGCAUUCACUGUCGGAAGCGGUAUAUUAGCACUACAACUGGCCAAUUCAAGCGGUUAUAUUAAUAUUAAUUGGGAUAAAUUGACCAGAGGUGUAGAAAGAGUGGCAGAACGAGUCGAAGACAGUACAAGUGACAAAAAGCAAGGAUUAUUGAAGAAGGUCAGAAACAUUGUAGAGACCAACUCCAUUAUGGCUGCUGGAUUUACGGGUGGUUUCUUCCUUGGUGUCGCCUACUCAUAAACAGAUUUUCUAUACGCAACAUUUAUGCAUUCUUUGCACAACAUUUUAAUUAUCACAAGCUAAUAUUUCAAUAUUGUAACUUCUAUAAAAUAAUAACAUUAGUUGAUCACAAGAAUUCAAGAUAUAUUUGAAAAAUAUAUACAAUAUUCAUUAAAACUUUUUAAAUUGGACAUAAAUCAUCAAUUAAUUAUCUUUAAUUUUUGUAUGAUAUUUCUUUAUAUAUGAAACGAUUCCAGGUGGGGCGCUAUGUCGACAAGAAACUAGACAAGGCUGAGGAUUUAUUAAGGAAGAAAGAACGCAAAGCUAAACGUUGGUUUAAUCGUAUAUCUGGUGACGAGGAUGAGUUUGUUUUUGAAGAGAUUCAUGUAUUCUUAGCUUCUUACUUAGUUGGCCUUGUUCUUGGAAUUUCUUGUGGAAUAGUUACUCGCUGAAAUGAUCAUUGAAUUAUACGCUUUUACACUAUUAAAGAAUCUUAAUUUUGUAUAAUUGUUUACAUGUAUAUAGCAAAACACUACUACUAAUAGUUCCACAUUAAUUAAUUUAAAUAAUUUAUCUAUCAAAAGUUAUUUGAUUUUUCAUUUGUUUACUAAAUAUACUUAAUUAAUAAUUGUAUUGUAUUAUCAUCGUACUUUAUUUAGUUUAAGUAUUAUUUUGAUACUAGUCAGUUCAAAAUGAGUUGUUCCAUUCAUUUAUGUAAUGUUUUGUGAUCAAAUAAAUUAUGAACCUAGGUUUUUAA